AUGUCCGAAUUCCGCGUUCGUGUGACAUACGACUAUGACGCUCAACAAGUCGACGAACUCACGAUCCGCGUCGGAGAAGUAGUAGAAAACGUGGAGCGCGUCGAGAGUGGCUGGUUCAUCGGAACUUUGCAUGGUCGCCGAGCUUUGUUCCCUGACAAUUUUGUCGAGGUAUUGACGAGUGACGCAAAUUUGAAUCAGUCCGAGCUGAACGAGAACAAAAUGGGAGCCCCGAGGUAUUGCAUAGCUUUGUACGACUACGAACCCGAAGCCGCGGAUGAGUUGGCUUUGGUUCCGGGUGACAUGUUGGAGGUUUCCUGUGAGGUUGAAGAUGGCUGGUGGCGCGGGAAGCUUAAGCAGAAGGCGAGUACCGUCGGUGUAUUUCCGUCCAACUUCGUGAAAGAAGUGAGCGAGAAGGAGAUGCGGGAAGAACUCAAGUUGCGGGGAUUGGACAUCAACGACUUCAUGAAAUCGUCAUCGACAGCGAGUGCCGUCGUCCCAAAGAUGGAUGCCAAUAAGAAUCCCUCGAAGGCCGAACGCUCUCCUGCCCGCAGCAGCAGCAACGGCGUCCCGAGCCUCGACAUGUUCAGCAGCAAGCAGAAGACGAAGCCGGCGACGUCCUCGUCACCGCCGCCACCGGCCCUGCCGCCGAAGCCAGUGAAGGAAAAAUGCGAGGUGGUGUAUUCGUACACAGCUGUCAACGACGACGAGUUGAGUCUGGAAGUGGGGGACGUGGUGACGGUCAUAUCCAAGGACUUGGAGGACUCGGGGUGGUGGCGCGGUGAACUCAACAAUCGCAUCGGGGUCUUCCCGGACAACUUUGUGCGAUUGCUGCCGAUGUUGGACGCCAUCAGCACGACACCGACGCCGACGCUGCCCACCCAAGGAACGACCGUCGCGACGGGUUCGUCUUCUUCUUCGCUGGAGAAGGUGACGAGCGGGGAAAGUCCCAAAAAGAAGCAGCCUGCUCCUCCACCGCCGUUUUCCGCUGCCCCAGUCACCACCAAGAAUGACGCUGAGGUGGAUGGACAGAAAAAUGAGUUGGAGCUGGAGUCGAAGGGAAAGAAGUUGAAGCACUUGACGACUGCUCGGCCGCGUGGACCCGCCAACCGACGUCCUCCGUCGACACUACUACCGACGUCGACGACGUUCGGCGAAGCUGAACAGACUGUAGCAAAAUCCGAACUUCCAUCUCCGAAAAGCGUUGAGCCAGUACCAGCGGCGACGCCGACGACGAAUGGAUCAUCUCCCCCGACGCCGACGUCGGAAGACGGACUGCGAAAAGCCAAGUCGACGAAGCCUAGUCCGCCACCGUGGUUGUCCGAACUGCGGGGAGCGCAAAAUAAUCGUAACAGCCGUCUUUUUACCGGGCUGCUGGCGAACGCUGGCGGCGGAGCUGGGGAUGAUGACGAUGACGGUGCUACUGUGUUGCCUCCUGCAACUCCUGUUGCUUCUGCUCUUCCUCCUCCGGCUGUGGAUGUUGUACCUGAAGCCACGACACCGCCUGCGACUGUGACAAAAUCGUCUUCCUUCAAACCCAUCGUUCCUUCCAAGCCGAAGGUGGCAGACGCUCCUGUGCUGGGAGCUGGGGAAGGAAGCCGAAUUGAGGAGCAAAUAUCAAUCGCGGCUGCGUCGGUUGCCGUCGCUCCUUCUGCACCUGCUGCUCUCCCUGUCGUUUCUUCGAUUGCUUCAGCUCCGGAAGUUGUGACAGAAGAGGUGGACGUGGAGCCAGUUGGGGAACCCUUUUUGCUCAUCGAUAUGAAAAAGGAGGUUGAGGAGUUGAAUGCGAAAUCACCCACACCGACGGCGGCGCUGGAAAAGCGACUCGCGGUCCUCGAAGAAGACUUGAGUUGGGAGAAGCGGCGUCGUGGAGAGAUGGAGAAAAUCAUCGGAAAGUUGCUUGUUCGAAUUGAAACCCUGGAGCGUGCCGCCGCCUUGGCCGCCACACCGUCAACCGCCAUUUGACGCGUGUGGCGAAGUUUGAUACACCCGUCCGCCGAUGGAGCGACAGAAAAGCGAAAUGCCCCGCUUUAUUCCUUUUUUUAAGGAACGGAAACUGGUUCCAUUUGUUCAUGUUGACGGAAAAUCUUCAUUCAAGUUGAGCUGUUUUGACAUUCUUUUCUUUUUUCGAGCACACGAGGCUUGCCGCUUUCUUUUUCUUCUUCCUCGUCAUGUUUCUUCCUCACACUUGAAAUGCGAGUAAUGAAAGUUCCGAAAGCUGUGAAAAGAUUUUAUCGAAACCGUGCAUUUCCUGAAGUAGUUCUCUUAAUGACGAAUAAUGUCAUGAUGAGAAAAAAUCCGUGUUACUGGAAGUUGAUGGACGCGCAGGAUUUCCCUCAAGUUGAACUUUGUGCAAGCUUUAAGCAAUUGACAGACCGUGCGUAAAGAAGAAUUUGCAGCUUUUCCUCGGAGAUACUUUUUCCGCGCUUAAUUUCUUUGGUAGGUGAACGAGCAUCGCUGUGCACAUUCUGUGAAGAAAAUAUUUUUGGUUCGCGAGGGAUUUGAGGCAACGAAACGACGCGUGGAUGAUUUUCGUUGGGGCUUAUUUUGUACGGUAAAUUCCAAACGACGAAAAAACCUUUUUUUUUUUUUUAUAU